GCACUGAGGAGCAAACCCCAAACCCGGAUGUAACCAACGCCUAACCUGUCCGAGCAAAAACGAUGCAGACUAUAAAAUGCGUGGUGGUCGGGGACGGUGCAGUAGGAAAAACCUGCUUAUUGAUCUCCUACACAACAAACAAAUUCCCCUCUGAAUAUGUUCCAACGGUUUUUGACAACUAUGCUGUGACGGUGAUGAUCGGAGGAGAGCCCUACACACUGGGGCUCUUUGACACCGCAGGUCAGGAGGAUUACGACAGACUGCGGCCUCUGAGUUAUCCACAAACAGACGUCUUCCUCGUGUGUUUCUCUGUUGUUUCGCCAUCAUCUUUUGAAAAUGUCAAAGAAAAGUGGGUUCCGGAGAUCUCUCACCAUUGCCCCCGGACGCCGUUCCUUUUAGUGGGAACUCAAGUCGAUCUCAGGGAAGACAGCAACACCAUCGAGAAACUGGCAAAGAACAAACAGCGCCCCCUAUACCCCGAGAGCGGAGAGAAACUGGCUCGAGAGCUGAGGGCCGUCAAGUAUGUGGAGUGCUCCGCUCUCACGCAGCGAGGCCUGAAGAAUGUGUUCGACGAGGCCAUUUUAGCCGCUCUGGAGCCGCCUGAGACGAAACCCAAGCGAAAGUGCGUCCUGUUGUAGAUUAAGUAAAACAAAAGUAAA